UGAAAUUAUUGACGAGAUGACGGAAAUGGAAAUGGCAAAUAUUAGUCAUAUAAGCGGCAAGGCGGUGACAGAUAUAAAUAGUCAUGUUGACAGUAUGUUACCAAAUGUAAAUUGGGAUAACCACUUCCAGGACUUAAGGAAAUCCGAUAAUUUGGAACAGGGAGUAAAAAAUGAUCCUGUUUGUCGUUGCCGAGUAUCUCAUCCAACAUCGUACAUGGAAACGAUGGUUCAUGUAUUUCGUGGUAACAUUGGCGCUGGUCUCUUGGCUAUGGGCGAUGCGUUUAAAAAUGGCGGCCUUUGCUUCUCAACUAUUAUGGCGGCUAUUCUUGGUGUAAUAUGUGUUCACGCGCAACACAUUCUGUUGACGUGCUCAGAGGACAUGCACCGUGAGAGUAAAAGAGCUGAACCACCAGGGUUCGCGGACACGGUUGCCUUGGUCUUCGAGUACGGACCCAUGCCAACAAGACGCUUUGCCUCCACCAUGAAGUUUCUCGUGAACUUAUUCCUCUGUAUUACUCAAUUGGGCUUUUGCUGUGUGUACAUAGUUUUUAUCGCCAAUAACGCAAAAAUGGUCGGGGAAGAUUAUUUCAACAUACAUCAUAUUACAUUAUCGUUAUACAUGAUUUUGGUGACAAUACCAGUUCUCUUAUUCUGUAUGGUCCGAAACCUUAAGUACUUGAUAGGAUUCUCUAUGUUGGCAAAUAUUGCAAUGGCUCUUGGUGUCGCACUUGUCAUGUAUAAAGCUGCUCAAGAUUUACCACCGAUUGAAUCCAGAGAUUACAUUGCGAAUUGGCAACAGUUACCACUGUUCUUUGGGACAGCAGUUUAUGCGUUUGAGGGCAUUGGUCUGGUGUUGCCGUUAAAGAAUGAGAUGAAGAAACCGGAGCAAUUUCAAAAGCCUUUGGGUGUUUUAAAUGUGGGAAUGGUUAUUGUUGGCGCCAUCUUUAUAAUGACGGGUUUUCUUGGAUACCUAAAAUGGGGAGAUAGUGUUGCUGGCAGUUUAACGCUCAAUUUACCACCAGGACACUUAACGGCAGCUGUACAAAUUAUGAUAGCUUUUGCGAUAAUGUUGACAUAUCCGCUACAAUUUUACGUAGCGAUUGCUAUCACGUGGCCAGCUAUCCGUGGGCGGCUUGGAAAGAGUUUACCAGUGUUUAAGGAAUUGGUCUACAGAGCAUUCAUGGUUCUUCUUACAUGUGUUUUAGCAGUGAUAAUACCAGAGUUAGGUCUCUUUAUAUCUCUGGUUGGAGCCAUCAGUAGCACAGCGCUCGCUUUAAUAUUUCCGCCACUGAUUCAAACAGUUUACGAAUAUCAUCGACGCAACCUUUCAAUUUAUAUUCUUGGAAAAAACAUAACAAUCAUUACUUUAGGUAUGUUUAUAUUUGUCACGGGAACGUACGAAAGCCUAUCGUCCAUUGUUAGAGUCUUCACCGGUAACAGUGUGAGCCCAUAAUAUAUUAUUGGCUAUGGUACAAGAGUUAACAUUCCGAGAAAUAGAAUCAUCUAGAAAUUUAGUCUGUUUAGUUUUAACCUUUAAGAUUUUUUAAUUUAAGUGUAAUUUAUAUAUUAUGAUUCAUAAUACGUAUUACUUUACAUUACAUUAUUUCAGACAUAAUGUUAGCUACCGUAGUCAAAGGAACGUAAAGGAAAAGUAAAAUAUGGAUGAAGUAAGGUUAAUAGAUGUUUUACAUUAGUUUGGCUAUUUUUGGAUGAGAAAUGCAUCUGAAAACAAUAUUAUAGAAGUUUAAUCAAAAGAAUUUUCCAAAUCAGCAUAUUUCCCAUAGAUAAUAUUGGCCACAAUAUGAUUGUUGUCAAUGUAUAAAUUAAGUGUACAACGCUAUUAUUGAAUUAGUAUUUAUCUACUCUACCUCUACGAAAAUAAUUAAGAUAUAUUUAAACUUAUUAAAUUUAGUACAUUUGUCUUAAAUUAAUUUAUUUACUAGAAACAACAAGUAUUUCUGAGUAUUGGACGAAAAGUAAUUUUAUACGUGAAACUAGCCGUUCCCCGGAUCUUAAAAGGAAGGAACGUUGGAAUUCCAAAAAUAGGUAGCCAUAAACCAUCUAGAUAAAUUAUCUAUCUCUAUCAUAAAUUUGGCAUCGAAUGGUGGUAGUUUCAUGUCGAUACGAUCAGUAGUUUAGGCGUGAUUGAUCUUCAAACAGAGGCCAUUUUUAUUAUAUAGAUGAGUAUCGCCAAUAAAAUGUAUUCAGAAAGAAAACAAUUUCUUGUCUACAAAUUGUAUAAUUAUUAACGAUGUUUUCAUUGGAUCGAUAUAAUUACGAAAAAACUAGUAUUGUGAAUAACUUACGAAUCUAUGAACUUUUAGAACUCAAAAUUAAGGUGUCUCAAUCUGAAAUGAAAUUCCUAACAUGACAACUGCAUAACCGAUACUUAGAUAUUUUAUAAUAAGAUUUUAUUGUAAAUAUCUAAGAAAACUACUGAAAUACAAGGCUAAGUACAGAUCCCGCUAUUAAAUUUCCAAAUGUUCAGUAUUACUUAGGCUUUAUUCUGAUAACUUUAAAAUUUAUUAGCUCUAAGCUAACUAUUUAUAUAAUACAAAACUACCUUUGUUAAA